AAUUACAGUCUGUUUCAGUCUUUCUCUUCACUUCCACAUUUCUCUCUGCACACAUUCCUCAUUCUUCCUUCCUUCAUCCAAUUCAAAUCCUCUCUUUCUUUCUCUUCAUCUGAUCUCGUCAUUUCACUCUUAAUCAUCGCUGCUGUUUUCAUUAUUGCUAGACUGAGGUUGAAAUUAGACGAACAAUUCCGUAAAGUUAAAUCGAAUUUAAGAUUUCUCUUUCUGUUUGCUUCCUGAGAAAGUGCAAGAAAAUUGCAAGAAGAGAAGAUAAGAUUUGGCCUUUUUUCAAAUUUUGUGUAGUUUUGAAUUUCAUUGAUUUGUAGAGUUUGUAUUCUCACUUUUUAGUAAAACGAAAGACUCGUAGGAGAAUUUGUUUAAUAAUAUAGAGAAAGGCGUAAGGUAUUGUGAUAUAUUACUGUUGUUGUACUUUUCUCCGUUUACCGGAGAAUUGAACGAGUUCCGAGAGAAAGUAUGUUGGGGACUUAUUUGCAGUUUGACCAUGUACGUGGUGUGGAUCGGUUUUACAUGCCCGUGAAGGCAAGAAAGAAUCAGAAUCGAAAGCAGAAACAAGAAACUGUAGAAAAAAGUGAUGAAAAAGAAAUUUUGUCACCGAAGUACACCAAAGACAGUGCUGUGAAGCGUUCAAUUUCAAGUGACGUUUCAGUUUCAGUUUCCGUACCUGAGUCCUCUGUUGUCUCUGUUAGUAACCUUGAUAGAUUCUUGAAAUUCACUACGCCUAGAGUCCCGGCUCAGUACUUAUCUAAGACAACAGUGAGAGGGUGCGGAACUUGUGAUAUAGAGUCUCAACCAUACUUCACUUUGGGUGAUCUAUGGGAGUCGUUUAAGGAAUGGAGUGUGUAUGGUGCUGGAGUUCCUCUGGUAUUUGAUCAGAGUGAUUGUGUUAUUCAAUACUAUGUCCCUUAUCUAUCGGGAAUCCAAUUAUAUGGUGAAUCAACUCAGUCAAACGCUAAGCCAAGGAAAUCUGUAGAGGACAGAGAUGGUGAGUACUACAGGGACUCAAGUAGCCAUGGAAGCAGUGAUUACGAAUUUGAAAGAGGCAUGAAAUUUUCAAGUGUGCAGCAGGGUUGCUAUAAUCUAACAAAUGAUGUCCCUCCUAGAAUAGGCAGUUUUUCAAGAAGUGAAGAAAACAGCGCAAUGCAAGAAGGUUUUUCAAGUGAUGAUGGAGAAUCUGGGAGUUAUCAAGGCAGCCUUUUGUUUGAAUAUCUUGAGCAGGAUACUCCUUAUAGCCGUGAACCACUAGCUGAUAAGAUAUCAGAUCUAUCAAGGCGAUUCCCUGGGCUGAAGACAUUAAAAAGUUGUGAUUUGCUGCCUGUCAGUUGGAUAGCUGUGGCAUGGUAUCCUAUAUACAGAAUACCUAUGGGGCCAACUUUAAAAGAUUUGGAUGCUUGCUUUCUGACAUACCAUUCCCUUUCCACUCCUUUGAGAGGAAGCGGAAAUAGCCAGGCUCCAGUCAUGAUCGAUCCUAGUGAGUUUGGCGACGUCGCAAAGAUUUUGAUACCUAUUUUUGGAAUGGCUUCAUACAAAUUCAAAGGACCAAUGUGGACGCAAAAUGGAGUAAGGGAGAAUUCCCUCAUGCAGGCUGCAGAAAACUGGCUUAGACAGCUUCAUGUUAAUCACCCGGAUUUCCAGUUCUUUGCUUCACAUGGAAUGUACCACAAGUGAUACAAUGCCGAGAUUAUUCGUUGCAUGGUAUUUUUAUGCACUGUGAAACAAUCAAAGAAAAAGGUCCUGACUCUUGGUAAGUCGAUAUAUGUUUUGGUGAUUAUGAUGGUGUAAUACUUGCAGGAGUUUGUAUGGUUUGCAUUUUCUGUUACAUGCAAGAAAAAUGGAAACUGAAAGAAAGGCGAAUACAAAAACAAAACAAAAGAAGAAGAAGAAGAAGAAAUGCUUAAGAAAUCGGAAGUUAAUGGCAUUGGAGGAAGCCAUUUAAAUUUGUAGAGAAGUUAGACAAGCAGAACUGAAUACCGAUAUGCAAUUCGAAUAAUUUUCUUUGUUGAUUGAUGUUUAGAUUUUAAAUAUUGAUGUUGUAUAUUAGGGCUGUUAUUCCCCUGGAUGUACUAACUUUGUUGAUAAAUAGUUAAUAACAGAAGAAAGAAAGAAAAGUGUUAGGGCUGGACACAA